AUUGUAUCACCAAAUAAGUUCCUGCGGCUGCUGUAUAUCGCACAUUGUUUGUUACUUGCUACAGGUUGUGGACGCAAAUUCCAGAACAACGUGACAAGAACUUGCAGAAAUGUUCAGAGUGAUUUCUGAAGCUAUUCGUUUGCAUCUUCAUCAGCUAGGAAAGACGUGGAAGUUAAGCAAAUGGGUACCACAUGAACUGACAAAUGAUAACAAAUUAAGUCGUCUUACCAUUUGCUCAGCAAACAUUUCACGCAACGCUAGUUAACCAUUUCUUAA